AUGACCUCCUACUUUCCAUUUUUCAUGGUUCCCAGUGAGGCCACUGUGUUGACAAUGUGCAAAGAGCGGCCUUUUGUUUUAGUGGCGGCAUUGGCUGCAGCGACCUCCUCAGACAAGAAAUUACAAAAGUCCCUUGGUGACAAAUUCAGAACCUGCGCUCUCCACACUAUUGUGGUUAACAAUGAAAGGAGCCUAGAUCUUCUGAAUGGGAUGCUAGUAUACUUGGCCUGGUAUCAGUUUUAUUAUAUUCCGAAGCAAGAACAAUUCAACCAACUACUCCAUAUCGCGAUUGGCAUGGUCGGUGACAUGGGCUUGAACCUCACACCUGCCGAGGCAAUGAGUAGGAAGGCGGGACUUCGAUUGACACAUUAUCGCAAAUUCUCUACACCUUCAGCGAACCACGAUGAAUUCUUUAGCCGAGAAGCUCGCCGAGGAUACUUGGGAUGCUUUUAUCUUUCGAGCAUCACUUGCUGGAUCACAAUGAAGCCAACCGAUUUGGAGCAUCCAACGGACGCAUUGCUUUUACCGCUAGUCCAGCUUCAAAACAUGGCCGAGGUAAAUCACCGCAGUCUUUCAACUGUUGAUAACACUACACAUGAUCACAUGAAUGGUCUAGAUCUUGAAAGUAAGGUUCAAUCCUUUCAAGUCGAAUUCAAGCAGUGGAAGCACUCGCUUCCACUUGUAUCUCAGCAACCAAACGGGAUGGACCUGGCUUGUGACGUUGCUGUAAUGCAUGUCUACGAGAUGGGUCUUGUCAAUGUGUUUGCAACGAAAAUGCGACAAACGAAACAUUCUUCGAAAAAUUCAACAAGCUCAUCUUCUACGUCUCGAAUUCACCUGGAGGUACUCUUUCUCUGUUUGAAAUCAGCAGGGCAGCUUGCUCAAAAUUUCCUCUCCAUCCCAACAUCUGAAUACAGCAGUCUCUCUUACAUACAGUGGUCUGGCCUCAUAUAUGCUAUCAUCAUCAUUUAUCGACUGACAGUCGGGAUUCCCCAGCUUCGUGACUGGGAUGUUCGAGUUGCGCGAAGGACCAUUGACUUUAAUUCUGUACUAGACACACUCUGCAGUCGCUUCAAAAGUGUAUCGAUUUGUGAUCCUAACUUAUUGGAGAAUGGAGACCUAUUCUCCAUGAUGGGCUCAAUUUUUGAAAAUAUCAAGCAGACCUACGAGAGACUCGAGCAGCUGCCGCAGGAUGAUAGUGCAGAUGACACUAGCCCAGUUCAUGCCACUAGCUUUUCGCCCCUCACACUCAAAUACCGGCAUCCAUGCCCUGCAUUCCCGACCUGGAGGACAGGCCGGCUAGGAUAA